UUUUGUUUUGGUCUUUGAUUUUCUAAACAAACGCAUUAUCAGAAUUAUUCGAGAAAUUUUUUUUGCCAUUUCAUUCUAAUCGAAAUGAGUGAAAUUAAGAUAGAAUUUGCGGUAGAAAUGAAGGGAGAACACUGUGCCGACAAGGUUCGUCAAGCUUUGAAAGGCAUGGGAGAGGUUGAAAUAGAUUCUGAGUUGGGAAGAGUUGUUGUACAUACCCAGGAGCCGUGGUUUGUGCUUAAAGAGAAAAUCGAAGAAACCGGACGAAAAGCAGUACUUAACGGAUUUGGAGGCCAGUCGGCUGUAUCUAUCAUAAAUACAACGGGUAGUGAUGUAGAUCAAUGUCCAGUACAAGGUGUUGUGAGAUUUACAGCGAUACGAAAAGACAAACCUGGUUUGGUAGUAGACGGUGUGGUUGAUGGUCUCAGUCCCGGAUUACAUGGCAUACACAUUCAUGAAACGGGUGAUGUCUCGGCUGGCUGCGAUUCGGUUGGUAGCCAUUAUAAUCCUAGAGGUUCACCACAUGGCUCACCGGAUGAUGAUAUAAAUAACAGGCAUGCUGGAGAUUUGGGUAAUAUAAGAGCGGAUGACUCUGGUCGCGCUACUUUCCGUUUUAUGGACAAUGUUUUAGAAGUUUGGGAAAUAAUUGGACGCUCUGUUGUUAUUACACAAAAUCCCGAUGAUUUGGGUAGAGGCCACAAUGAACAGAGUCAAAUUGAUGGCAAUGCGGGUGACAGAAUUGCUUGCGGUAUUAUAGCUCGUUCUGCCGGUAUUUUGCAAAACUUUAAGAAGAUUUGUGCCUGUGAUGGCGUAACGCUUUGGGAUGAACGCUACAAGCCUAUAGCUGGAGGCAAAAGAACACAAAAACUGUAAUUCAACCAAUUAAGCAUUACCAUAUAUGUUUUAAGUAAAUAAGUUAGAACGAUUUAUACCAAAAAUUAAUUGCUGUCAUCAAUUACAACACUUUCAUUGGCUGGAUCGACUUGUAAGUUUCCCUUUUUAAUUUGUUGCAGUCGUUGUUUGCAUUUACUUUUAUAAGUUUGUACAAAUUUCCCACACAGAACAGGUGGUGCAAUUCCUAUAAGAGUGUGAAUCUGAAAAACGAAUUUCAUGAUUAAAAUAAAACAUUUAAUCUAAAUUAUUUAACAUUGCAAAUACCUCUAAGUAAUCCACUUCCAUUUCAUAAUUGAUGCAUUGAUCCAGCAGAGAUAAAACGUUUUGAAAUUCUUCGGCUUUUAAGGAAAAUUUCAUUUCACCUAUAUUGGUCUUAUACCAUUCAGCAUAAUUGUUUAAAUUUUUCGUUAUAUCCAUGGUAUUGGCGGUGGCAGCUCUGGCAGUUAGCAGCAUAUGCAUAACACUACGUUUGCAGGGAAUUGCAGCGCAUUGUUUGAGACGUAAUUUAAGAUAUUCUACAAAUAAAACUACAUAUAAUAAGCUUAUGAAAUUAUUGUCAUUUUGAAACUUACUUCUUAUAUAAGGUCCAGCUAUUUCGCUGUUACUAUAUGAAAUAGCUUGCAACAUAAUUAAAAAAAACUUCCAUUCUUUAAAGUUUUCGACAGAAGAACAUUUCAGCAAAAAAUUCAAAGUUUCUUCGGUGUGUUGAGUUAAGAGCUGUUUUAUAAAUUGCAAAAUAAUUUUUAAACUGUAAAGACAUUUUUAAAUAACCAA